UUUGUUUAGGAACAGCAUCAAUAACAUGCUUGUCCUGUCCCAAUAACUUAGCUCAGCCACAUGAUUGUAAUCGUGUAACUCGAUGUGGAGAUCACGAGAAAUGUUUUACAGACAGAUUUGUAACGGAUGAUGGCCAUUACUAUUUCAAGGUCGGCUGCAGAGAUAUAGAUAUGUGUGUCAACCCAAUCGCCGUUGGACGACGAAGAGACAUAACGCUAUGUUCAAACUGUUGUAAUUCUACUUUAUGUAAUGCUGACAAACACUGUGGAUCCCAAGGCAUCAAUCUUCGAGGUGGACACUUGUGUUACAAUUGCCAGACUGGAACACUCAGACCGGAUGACUGCAAUACUAUAACCCUGUGUUCUAGUCAACAGUCCUGUCAAAUUCAACAAGUUUCCACAAUUUCUGGAGAAAGUCGAUGGAAAUCAGGCUGUCAAGAGAACACGAAAUGUCUGAGCAUCCAGAACAACAACACACUCUCGUGUAAAGAUCAUUGUUGUAGCAGUAGUUUAUGUAACAACCACUGUCCUAGACCACCUAGCCCACCGAAGAUUACAAAUAUAACCUGGACACCAAAUACUAUACAUUAUGGUGACGAUGUAUCUUUGUCUUGCAUAACAACGGGAAAUCCUCAUCCGAAGACGGAAUUUCUAUUUCUGCACAGCGGAGACGUAAAUAAUCUGGAGGCAUCUCCAAGUUCUGGAAUCCUUAAAAUAACCAAGUUCAGUCGCAACAAUGACGGCUUGUACAGAUGUGUAGCUACCAACGUACAUGGACAUGAUCAAAUACAGUUUAGAAUAGACGGCGUAUUGUAGUGCAUAACAUAUUUUAAUAAUUAGUUCUAC